CCCAAUCCCACUUGAGCAAUGACAUCAUCGUCGCAAAGCCACAAACCGAUCUCGUUAAUCUCACACAACAAUAAAUAUCUCUUUCCCACACAGGCCCUGGCAGAAUCUGACAAUUGAAUCAACCAUUUUACAGCUGAUCUACAUAGCUCAGAAGGCAAAUGGCUCGUCAUCAGGAGCAAGACAGUGUGGUUUUGUUAGAUUUCUGGCCAAGCUCUUACGCGAUGAGGGUGAAGAUUGCUUUGGCCGAGAAGGGCAUUGCAUACGAGUGCAAGCAAGAAGACCUGCGAGCCAAAAGCUCUCUGCUUCUGGAGAAGAAUCCAGUUCACAAAAUGAUCCCAAUUUUGGUUCAUGAUGGAAAACCCAUCUGUGAGUCUUUGAAUAUUGUUCAGUACAUUGACGAGACCUGGAACCACGAGCCUCAUCUGCUUCCCUCUGAUCCUUACCAGAGAUCCCAGGCCAGAUUUUGGGGUGAUUACAUUGACAAGAAUGUAUACAGCAUGGGAAAGAAAGUGUGGACAAUGAAAGGAAAGGAGCAAGAAGAAGGGAAGAAACAGUUCAUAGAGUGCCUGAGAAGGCUGGAAGGAGAGCUCGGGGAAAAGGCUUAUUUUGGAGGGGAGAAGCUAGGGUAUGUGGACGUGGCUCUUGUUCCAUUCACCAGCUGGUUCUACACUUACGAGACAUUUGGCAAUUUAAGCAUAGGAGCAGAGUGUCCAAAGCUAGUGGCUUGGGCCAACAGGUGCAUGCAAAGCCAGAGCGUGGCUAAGUCCCUGCCUCACCCUCACAGCAUACAUGAAUUUGCCCUUCAAUAUAAAAAGAGAAAUGCGUUGGCAUAGAGAUGGAGGCAUGCUUUGGAGUUUGGAUUACAAGUAGCCAUUAAACCAGAACGCAUGAUCCGUUACUAGUCCGUCGUCCGCUAAAAUAAUGAACAAUUAGGAUCUGUGUGUCAAAAUCUAUUUUAUCUAUGCUUGUUUUGCCUCAUUGUUUGUCAUGCUGCUGUUUUUGCUUCAUGUGCUUGAAGCGCUUGGUAUUCCUGGAGCUUGGGAGAAUAAAGAUGCCUUGGCCCGUGACAUCCAAAAAAAUUUACCCUUCA